CUCCCCUCCUCGCCCCCAAGCCCAAGCAUCAGCACGACCUCUGAGGCCCAUGAGCUUUCAGGACCUCGCUGCCCUCUCCAGCGCGCAACAACUCCAGCACGGCAUCCACCUCGUCCGCACGCUCUACGCUUCCGUCGAGAACGUCAAAGUAUACCGCCAACAAUGCUUGGACCUCUCCAACAGAUGCGUCACCCUCCUCCUCGCCCUCCAGGAGAACGCCGUCGGCCUUGAGGGCACCCCGGCCCUCCGCGCAGUCGACGACGUAGAGGCCGUCAUAUCUCGCAUCCGCUCCCGCGUCCAGGUGUGGGCCGCGCACAACAAAGUAAAGUCCUUCGUCCACCAGACGGAUAUAAAGCAGGGCAUCGAUGCCUCGUAUCGCGAGCUCGAGACCUGCCUGCGCCAGUUCAACGUCGCCCUGCAUCUUGAUGCCAGCCGCCGAAGGGACUCUCUGGAAGCCAUCCGCGAACGCGAUCAUCUCGAGCUCCGCGAAAUGAUGCACAAGUUACUUCAAGACAUGCACACCCUCAAGGAGGGCCUCAGCACCGCCGGCCCAGAAGACGUCCAGUCCGUCAUACGUGUCAUCCAGCAGGAACUCCAAGAUCCCAUGCUAGAGAUGCCUCAAGAAAAUCAGCUUCGACAAGGCUUGAGGGAGCUGCAGCCGCUUCUGUCACUCCCCGUAAUGGCAGACUUGACUGGGCAAGUGACAAAGACGAGCGAGCACGCCGUGGCCAUGGGCUCUUUCAACGACAUCUUCAUCGGGCAGUGGUUGGGAGAGGACGUGGUUGCCCUAGGAUUUCCUCGGCUGAUGAAUCAAUCCCCCGCAGCGCAGCUGCGCUUUCAGAAGCAAGUGGAGAUUUGGCGGUUCCUCCAGCACCCCAACGUCCUUCGACUGUAUGGCAUCGCAUUCAUCGGCGACUACGUCUACUCGGUCAGCCCAUGGAUGGACAAUGGCAACGCCAUCACCUACGUGCAGAACCACCCCGAAGUAGACUGCGUUCGGCUUCUGAGCGAAGUCGCCUCAGGCGCGCCCCAAUUUUAUCGGCCGUGCCUGCUGAUGCGCCCACUUUUCCAGAUGAACAUCCUCAUAUCCGACACCGGAAAAGCGUGUAUCUGUGACUUUGGCCUCUCUCAGGUCAUCGAGGAGGCCAAUCCCGGACCGCAGACCACGACCGCGGGAAACUACCGUUGGCUCGCACCCGAGAUGAUUGAGCCAGAUCCCUUUGCGCCGUCCAAGCCCGCGGACGUCUGGUCGUUCGGCAUGCUCUGCCUCGAGCUCUUGACCGGCGCGCCGCCGUAUAGCAAUCACUCGCGUGACGCGAGCGUCAUCCUCGACAUCGUCCGAGGGAAGCUGCCUGAGCGCCCGGGCGCUAGCGCUGCCGCGCGCGGCUUGACGGAUGCGCUGUGGGAGCUCAUGCUGCGGUGUUGGAAGAAAGCGCCAGAGGAGCGGCCGACGAUGUUUGAAUUGCGCGUGGCCAUGAAAAGUAUGCUGCCUGACAGGUCGCCCGGCAUAGCGUCGCUCCCCAUGCCGAUCCGCCGCUCACACCAGCCCUCCUUGUCCACCGCGAGCAGCUCGUCCAGCGAUAUCCCCCCUUUGUCCGGUCUAUCCAUAACCAGACCGCAGGCCAUCGACGUGAGGCGCACGCGAGCCAGCUUGUCGCCAUACACCCCCGAAGCGAUUCUGCCAAUGGAGGAACCUGUCAUAGGCAGUCCGCAAUCUGUUCCCUCCUAUCUCUCACCCAUGUCCGCCAGCCACAUCCGCCGCACGGGCGGUAUCCUGUCCGCCCCCAUCAGCGCGUCCCCGCCUUCCAUGCUCUUCAAACCCCCACCUUCGCCCGCGUCGGUUCGUCCCGCGCCGAGCAUGGCGGCGUCUGCCGACGCUUCGUUGCAUGAUGGCGCGCGCAGCAGCAAUGACGAGCGGAGAGGCAGCCGCGUGGUCUCGCUGCCGUCGUUUUCCGAUACGUCGUCGGCGCGACUGGAAUUUUCGCCCUUCCACUCGGUGGCGAGCCGCGCGUCAAGCAUAAGCGGGGACCCGUCGUUCGUCGUCUCGGACUUUGCUGCGAUGCUGGACCGCGCGGUGAUGGAUCCGCAGGCCAUUGUGCGCCGCAACGCGGAGGGGCUCGUGGACGCGGGGACGCUGGAGGGGCUGGUCGGGCAGCUGCUCGCGGACACGGGGAAGGACCAGUUGGAGUAUCGGUCUGCGUUCCUGACGAGCUAUCGCGCGUUCACGACGAGCGAGGAGGUGUUCAAUAUCCUGCAGAGACGGUUCGACGACAUGGACAGGAUGGCGGUGAUCACGACCGAGCAUCGCGUGUCGACGCGCUAUUCGAUCCUCCUUCUGAUGCAGACGUGGCUCAAGAUGGAGCAGGGGGACAUGAACACCGGGCUUCUCCAGCGAAUACACGACUUUGCGGCGUCGAUCAAGAGCUCGCAGACCAUGGAGACGGCGGCGCGCGAGAUCGUCGCGGGCGUGGUGGAGAAGCGGCGGAAGCUCGAGAGGGCACUUCAAAGCCCGCCUCUCCGGUCUCCGUCCGGGACGACCAGCGGUCGGCGGCCAGUGUCCAAGGCUUCGGACCUCGUCCCCACAGAUCUCGCCAUCGCGUUCACGCUGAUCGAAGGCGACCUGUACAGCAGGAUCACGCAGACGGACUGCGUGGUCCAUCUGCAGCAGAUCUCGGGGACGCGGCACAUCGACGCCGCGCGCAAGACGAACAACCGGAUCGUGAACUGGGUGAAGAAGUCGGUCUUGCGCUCGGACGAGGUGCAGUCGCGCAGCGAGGUCUUCAAGUUCUUCGUGAACACCGCCGAGGAAUGUCGGAAGCUGCGCAACUUCUCGUCCAUGUCGGCCAUCGUGAACGCGCUGCAGUCGUCGAGCAUCACCGCGCUCGUCAUCACGCACGACAAUUCGCUCAACAAGCAGGAGAAGCGCGUGCUGCAGCGGCUGGACAGCCUCCUGGAACCGGAGCGCAACCACCGCGCGUACAGAGAAGCCCUUCGCGCGUCGGAUGCGCCCUGUGUUCCUUGGUUAGCCGUCCACCUGCGCGACCUCAACUCCGUCUUUCGCUCGCAGGCGCCCGCAGUCGAGGUCGACGAGCACGCGCUCAUCAACUUCGUGCGGAUCACGAAGCUCAUCCAGCACAUCCGCGAGGUACUGCGACACAAGCCGCCCGACCUCGCCGCGCACCGCGGCGCGGGCCCGCUCGACUACCUCCAGCGGCAGCUCAAGUCGAUCCCGGACGACCAGAGCAUCGAGGACGCGUUCAAGGACCGCAGCGCCGCGCUCGCAAAGCAGGAGCGCGUCAUGCACGAGCAGCGCCUCCCCGAACUCAGGGCGCUCGGGUUCCCCACCGGCCCGGCGCCAGCGAGGGGCGCGUCCUCGUCCUCCGCGUCCUCCUCGCGGCCGCCCUCCAAAGAUCUCUUCUCGCCCGAUCCGCCCCGCGGCCGAGCAUGA